GUCCCAUGUGGGCCGCCGUCGGGCAGUCUCCCGUGAACUUCGUGUUUCAUUGGUAGUGGAAGAAGUGGGCGGGUCACCAAAGAGCCUGAGGAAGAGGGUGGUGGCGUUCGUGGCGACUGAGCGGAACCCAGUGACAGGAUGGCUGGGCACAGAUUGGUGUUGGUGUUAGGAGAUCUGCACAUCCCACACCGGUGCAACAGUUUACCGGCCAAAUUCAAAAAGCUGCUGGUACCAGGAAAGAUUCAGCACAUUCUCUGCACUGGAAACCUUUGCACCAAAGAGAGUUAUGACUAUCUCAAGACUCUGGCUGGUGAUGUUCAUAUUGUGAGAGGAGAUUUUGAUGAGAAUCUGAAUUAUCCAGAACAGAAAGUUGUGACUGUGGGACAAUUCAAAAUUGGUUUAAUCCAUGGACAUCAAGUUAUUCCGUGGGGAGACAUGGCUAGCUUAGCCCUGUUGCAGAGGCAAUUUGAUGUGGACAUUCUUAUCUCAGGACACACACACAAAUUUGAAGCAUUUGAGCAUGAAAAUAAAUUCUACAUUAACCCAGGUUCUGCCACUGGGGCAUACAACGCCUUGGAAACAAAUAUCAUUCCGUCAUUUGUGUUAAUGGAUAUCCAGGCUUCUACAGUGGUCACUUAUGUCUAUCAGCUAAUUGGAGAUGACGUGAAAGUAGAACGAAUCGAAUACAAAAAAUCUUAAAGCCAGACCUGUCUUGAUAAUUUCCUGUUUGUUUUUUCAUUCCCUUGUUCAGAUCAAAUAAUUAAACACUUAAGAGCUACAUAACUGUAUCACUUUUAUAAUAUUUGCAGUAAAAUGUCUUCUCUGUUAAUACAUAAUUGCUCUAAGCUUGUAAACUAUAUUUAGUUUGCAGUAUAUGGUUUCUAUGAAAAUAAAAAAGUUCUCUACACAGUACAUGGUCAUGUUAGAAAAAGUUAAUCUUUGUAAAUAUCUUCCAAAUUGGUAUUUAGACUUUAUUACAAAAACUAGUGCAUGAAUAGAAGGAAUCUAGGCUUUCUGUAUACAUUUUUCUCUUCUCCAGUAAUAAAUGUUUACCUUUCAUUUAUA